CGUCUCUCUUCUCUCUUCUUUUCUCAAGCGUCCGAUCAAUCUCUCCUCUCCCCUCGCUGCCUCCCUCCCCCAAUCUCUUCCUCCAAUCAACGACACCUCUCUGUUUUCUCACUCCCGCCCUUUUUUCGAAUUCAUCUCUGUUAGGUUUUUUUUUUGUUUGGGGUCUUGAGAUGACGGAGUCACAGGCCAAGAGUCCCGGAGGCGGUGGAAGACAUGAGAGUGGUGGAGAUCAAAGUCCGAGGUCUUUACACGUUCGUGAGCAGGAUAGGUUUCUUCCUAUUGCUAACAUAAGCCGUAUUAUGAAACGAGGUCUUCCUGCUAAUGGCAAAAUCGCUAAAGAUGCUAAGGAGAUUGUUCAGGAAUGUGUUUCUGAGUUUAUCAGCUUCAUCACCAGCGAAGCGAGUGAUAAGUGUCAAAGAGAGAAAAGGAAAACCAUUAAUGGAGAUGAUUUGCUUUGGGCAAUGGCCACUUUAGGAUUUGAAGAAUACAUUGAACCCCUGAAGCUUUACCUGAUGAGAUAUAGAGAGAUGGAGGGUGAUACAAAGGGAUCAGCAAAAGGUGGGGAUGCAAAUGCAAAGAAAGAUGGACAAUCAAGCCAAAAUGGCCAGUUCCCGCAGCUUCCUAACCAAGGCUCUUUCUCACAAGGUCCUUAUGGGAACUCUCAAGCGCAGCAGCAUAUGAUGGUUCCAAUGCCGGGAACAGACUAGUGAUGAGGAUUUUAUUAAACUGUGGUACCAAAAAGGGUUUUAUCUUUUAUCUGUAUAUUAUUUGUGAGUAAGAGUUUUGCUAUAUUAUAUAUGCAGAACUUGUGACAAUCAUCAUCUCAUUGUUUAUUUCUUUUUUUUUUUUUCUAUGAAUUUGUUCUGAAUAUGUUAAAAAGAAGUCAUUUUUAUA